ACCAGGAAGCCAGCAGUGACAUCACUUUCCAGAAAUCCCCUCUAGUGCCGUUUCAAGUGAACGACGGAGAGCCACAGCGACGAGGAGAGAGAAGGAAAAACAAAGGAGUUUGCUGCUGUCUGAGAUUCCCAAGUGUUUGAGCUGAUUUUACAAGCAAGACAUUAAAGAUGUCCCUGUAUCCAUCCCUCGAGGACCUGAAGGUCGACAAGGUCAUCAAGGCCCAGGCCCAGUUUGCCCAGACUGCCACCCCCAUGCCAGCCAUCACUGAGGGAACCUACCAGCCUCAGCUUGCCACUGCUGGGAUGCCAGGAUCAAGCUUGUACCCGAACCUGGAGGAGCUGGGAGACUAUAUGGGUCUGGCCCUCAACAGUGAGGAAGUCCAGAGGAACCUGGCUUUGUUGCCUGUGGCUGACAAUCAAGUGGCACUGCCCUCCAGCUCAGGCGUCGGUGGGAUGGUGCGGCCGGUGACAGGGGCUGACGUCGGCAUCAGGAGGGCAGAGAUCCGCCCAGGGCUGCGGGAGAUUAUCCUCUGUAAGGACCAGGACAGGAAAGUGGGACUCCGGCUCAGGGCCAUCGACAAUGGAGUGUUUGUCCAGCUGGUGCAGGCUAACUCCCCCGCGGCCCUGGCUGGCCUGCGCUUCGGGGACCAGGUCCUUCAGAUCAACGGGCAGAACUGUGCCGGCUGGAGCGUAGACAAGGCCCACAAGGCCCUGAAGGCCGCAGCUGAGACCCGCAUUGAGCUCGUGGUCAGGGACAGGCCAUUUCAGCGCACCAUCACCAUGCACAAAGACAGCUCAGGCCACGUGGGCUUCAUUUACAAGUCUGGUAAAAUCACCUCUCUGGUCAAGGAUGGCUCUGCUGCCCGCAACGGCCUGCUGACUGACCAUUACAUUUGUGAAAUCAACGGACAAAACAUUAUUGGACUUAAGGAUUCCCAGAUCAAGGACAUUCUGACCACCUCUCCGACCGCCAUGACCAUCACCAUCAUGCCAAAGUUCGUCUAUGAACACAUGAUUAAGAGGAUGUCCUCCGGCCUCCUGCGCUCAGCCAUGGAUCACUCUGUCCCAGAGGUGUGAAGACCAGGAGGAGGACUGUAAACUGUCAGGAUGUCUUCAGUACAGAGAUAUCUCUCUCUCUCUCUCUCUCUCUCUCUCUCUCUCUCUCUUACUUAUAUCUUUAUCUCUCUCUCUCUUUCUGUCCUCAUACCAAACCACCUCCUGCGUCACAAUCAUCAGCGCCAUUUCUCACACUUAACAUAAUCUUAAGAUGCCUUUUUUCUAUUCAUCAGUUCUUUACCUUUUCUACAUUUUCCUCAUCUCUGUUGAUAUGUCUAGUACUUUUUAUAUGUUAACCUCAUAGUCUGAGUAUUAUAUGUUUAUUUUCCUGUUUUGUUCGAUCAAGGACAGAACAAAAUGUUUUUUUUUUUUUUUUUUAAAAGCCAUGCACACUAUCAUGAGUCUAGAGCUUCCUCCUCAUGUGGAGAUGAAUCAUUGGCACGUGAUGUUCCAUCUUUUGUCAAAAUGCUGUAAAAGCUGACGGUCAGUCAUCAGAGCCCUACCAUGUAGAUCACGGCCGUGCUCCCGGUCCCUGCACUUGGCCCCUAAUGUGUGUACGUUAAUAAUCUGAGCUGAAUUAACACCCGCGGCCUCACAUGUGAAAACAUUUGCUGACUUGAUUCUAGAUUCCAGUGUACAGUCAGUUUUUUUUUUUUUACUUGGCCAGUAAAACGAAUAGGUUUUAGCAAAGGACUUGUUUUUAGUUUAUACCAGAAUAUUGGUGAAAAGUAGUGUUGAUUUCGGCAUUGCGAUUUUUUAUUUUUUGUUAUUUUUUGUGGAUACCCAACAUUUAUGAUCCCUGGAUUCUAACAUAUGAGACAGUUACAUCUUCUCAAAGAGGUGGUGAGGUAUCAUUGUACCACGUUUCCUGUCUCUGCGGGCAAAUGUCACGAUGAGACUCUUUACGUGUUGAAUUCGUAGGUACUGGGAACACUAUGUGCACAUUCCAGGGGAAAGUGUAGGGAAAGGGGCAGCAGUAGAUGUUUGUUGCCCUAUGCAGCUGGGACUGAGCCCUGUCCACAAACCUCAUAAUGCCAGAGAUAUACUUGCUUUUGACUACGCAUUAGAAUGCACAUGAUGGCUCGCAUCCAUUUGGACCGUUUGGUUGUGCACGUCCUGAGAAAUAAACACAACAUGAACACGUGGUUAAACAGCAGGUAUAUCUCCUGAUGGAGAGCUAUGAGACGGUGAAAGGCAAAGUUCACAGUGCAGUAUGUGAUUGGCUGUUUGUUGGAAAUCUAAUCUUUGAGGGCAUUGUUGGUGUUUGAUUGGACAGGGUCUGUGCUGGGCAGACCCACUAAGUGCACUUUCCACUACCUUUUAAGAGGUUGUCUUUCCUGUAUCCAUUUCAAUAGUUGUGCUCUUUUUUUUAUUAUUGUGUUUGUGGUGCCUCAUGUUAAUGAGAGAACUCAUGAAUACAAACUGUGUUAACUAUAGGAAACUGCUUAAAUUUGAUGCUGAAAGCCAUGCGCUCAAAUGAAAGGUGUUCAGAUUCCAGAUCAUGGGUUCAGCCAAUGAACUUGCUUUCCUCUGCUAAGCAUCGUUAGAGGACGUCCCUCUGUAAUAUUCCUUCCCUGACUGACGAGCGCUGCGAGAACAAGCAGCGCUCUCAGUUGUGAAUUUCUACUUGUUAUAUAAAGUUGCUCCUUUUAAUGCUGUUCAUGUUUGGAUGCAUGUAUUCCUUUAAUUUUCUAGGUAUGCAAUCUGAUAAACAUCACUGUCAUUCUGUAAGAAAAUGCUAGAAAAAUCUAAAAGUUUAUAUACGAAUGUAACCAAGAUAAUAAUGUAAAACAAAUAAAGUCUUUCUGUUCACAUUAA